UCUGUUUGAAAUAAUGGCUAGAAAUUUGGAAGUAUUCACUGUUCGUAUUCGAAAGGCAACCCGACAAAUACAUUCAGUUAGCGAUGCCCUGGUCAACGCCAAAUUUGCUAUUUCUCUAAGGGAUGAAAAAGUGUGGGGUGGAGGACUUUUCAUAUUUUAUCAUGUGUUUGCUUACCUUGAAGACACAAAGGACAGGUUGAACAUAUCAGAAUAUAACCGGUUGUUUGUUCACAAAGUACUUCACAGGAAGUCAGCUUUUGAGGAGGAUCUUCAGCACUAUCUUGGUGAUGAAUGGCAAUCACUUCCAAAAUCUGCAGCCCUGGAAAACUACCUGGAACAUUUACAGAACUUGGAGAAAGAAAAUCCGAAGCUACUGAUGGCUUAUAUCUACCAUUUAUACUUGGGGUUGCUAAGUGGAGGACAGAUACUUGCUAAAAAACGUAAAAUGUUUGGUGAAAAGAAUACUAACAAAGAUGUUUACAUAGAUAAAGUGACAGAUUUUAGUGGUAUUGAUAUUGCUCAGUUGAAAAAAGACUUCAAAGAUGUAAUGAACCAAAUUGCAGAAGAGAUGAGUGAUGAAGAACAGCAGGCAUUUAUUGAUGAAAGUAAUCAAGUAUUUCUCAUGAAUAAUCUAAUUGUAAAUUCUGUGGGAGGACAGGAUCAAGUUAUUAGAGCAUUAUUGUAUAAAGCUUCAGCAGUUUUCUUAGUUUUUGUUGGUGUUAUUUUAGCAUAUAAGAUGCAUAAGUAAGAUUUAAAUAUUUGUUAAUAUUAUUAAAGAGGUAAAAAAUAUUAUAGAUAAUAGGAAAGUUGAGUUAUUAAGUAUGUCUGUAGUUACUUGAGUAAAG